AUGACGAACAUGGCAGCCACACAAUUAGCAAGCGGACCUGACACACAACAACCCACCGGCAACCAAGUUUCCCAGGUUGGCAACAAGCCUAACGGAGUUUCUUGUGCACCCCAAACCAUUCCCAUGAAAGACCAUGAUGCCAUCAAAUUAUUUGUCGGCCAAAUUCCACGGAACUUGGAGGAGAAAGACCUACGGCCGAUCUUCGAGGAUUUUGGGCGCAUCUACGAGUUGACAGUUCUCAGGGACCGAUACACAGGCGUGCAUAAAGGCUGUGCCUUCUUGACAUAUUGCGACAGGGAAAGUGCAAUCCGUGCGCAGAAAGCUCUUCAUGAACAGAAGACCCUGCCAGGGCACCUUUCAAGUAACCCUAUAGCCUACCAGAAAUUGGUUUCUAGGGCAAAUGAGAUUGAAGCUAAGAGAGUAGGGAGAGCCAGAGAAAAGCCUUGUCUUACCCCUGUGCUGCACUAUGCCCAUAAAAGUACAUUCUCUGAGCAAAAACGUCAGCACCAGCACAGAGAGAGAAAGAAAGCCAGAAGUCUCCUCUGUGAGUACUGUGGUAACAGGCAAAGUGCGGACGAGAGGUCAUCGGAGUUCAUCAGUGAUGCCAAUUGUCAAAAUCUGCUCUGA